AUGGCGCUAGCUGCACAGCAUUUGUGCACCGCCGCCGUCAGUGUCAGCCAGUUUGCCGUGGCAUAUGGAGCUCCAUCGCAGUCUUUAACACUGGUAGCAUGCCGCGACAGCGUGGACGUGAACCAAUGUGGAAAAUCAAUUCCAAAAGGCCAAACAUAUGUCAUCAAUGGAGACCCUGUAUUGGAUGUGGAAUUUCCAUGGCAUGUUGGAAUAUAUUUUUGUGAAAAUGAUAAAUGUGAUCAGUUGUGUGGUGGAACCAUUAUAAAAAGAAAGUUGGUUUUAACUGCUGCUCACUGUUUUGUGAAAUCAACAAAUCCCGAAGAUUACAUGAUCAGAGCAGGCAAAUACCACAGAGGCUCGGAUAUAAAGGAUCCAACAGAGCAACAAUUUGAAGUAGAGUCAAUUGAGAUUAAAGAUACAUAUGAAGCAGAUUCAGGAAACUAUGUAAAUGAUAUUGCCAUAAUAGUUUUGGAAACUGAAAUAACAAUCUCAGAUUUUGUGAGACCAGUUUGUGUAGAUCUUGAAAGUAAAUAUGAGAGAGGACAGCUGUCUUCUGGGACUUUUGGCUCUGUGACUUUCAGCCCUACUGCUCGCUUGGGUUCCACUGAAAGGCCAGCAUCAAAUGAUGUAAUCCUAACAACCAGAUUGCCUUUUGUUGAGUUUGGUCAGUGUUACGAACUGUUUCCUGCCCAUUUCAGAACUUUCUUUACUUCUGACAAGUUCUGUGCAGGAUCUACAAAUGGUUCUGAAGUUUGCCUGGGUGAUGCUGUUGGUGGCUUGUUGUUUGAGCGGGAGGUAACAACGACAACAAAACAGUGGUUCAUUCAGGGAAUAGCAAGCUUAAGUCUACCAUCAAGAGGAGGACAAAUGUGUUCAAGAUACCCUGUUCUUUUCACAAAAGUGAAUGAUCAUCUGAAUUGGUUACAGACCUACUAUGACAAAUAUUAAAGAGAC